AGAGAGAGAGAGGUCGCUUCUUCUUCUUCUUGGUCUCAAAUAGCCUCCAUGUAGCUUCAAACUCGUCAGUGUCGAAAAGCUGCCCGGGGGAUUAUGAGUGAAAACACCUGGGUGCGGCACACUUUAGAGGAAAUUAAGCUCUCGCGUUGUCGGAGGUCUUUUUUUGUAUUUCCUUGCUGAAUCUUGUGGACAUUUUGGAUUUUUUUUUUUAAAUGCUCUGGGUGCUAAAAAAAAAAAAAACAUCCAGGAGCGUUUUUCCCACCCUUCGUCUUCGUCUUCGCUUUCGAUUUUAUUUUUUUAUUUUAUUUUUUUACGUGAACACCUGGAAGCUUUACAUGCUUUUAUUGUGAAAUCAACUGCGGGACGGAAACGUUGGAACAACUUGAGGAGGGCUCGCGCAGUAGAAUGUUCAGGGCCAGCCGUUAUAAGAGGGGAACGUUAGCUCGAUGCUAACAUUAGCACAAAAAUACCCCCAUUGAACUACGCUUUUUAAAACCCCCGGAGGAAAGCUAAUGCCCUCUCUUUUGCACACAUUUUGGAUAAGUACACCCUGACAACAACCUGGACGCCUGAAAGCGACACACUGACUCGACAUUAAUCAAAGAUAAGCAGAUUGUUGCUGUUGGAUCUAUCCUCUGCCAUCCAUUGGGAUCCAGGCGCUUGAGUCCUAAAUGACAAGUGCCUGAGGAUGUCCAAGCGGAGCUUUUUUGUUCGUCUGGUGCCGUGCCGCUGCUUGCGGGGUGAGGAGGAGGCAGUGACAUCGCUGGACUACUCCCACUGCAGCCUGGAGACUGUUCCUAAGGAGAUCUUUAGCUUCGAGAAGACCCUGCAGGAACUCUACCUCGAUGCCAACCAGAUCGAGGAGCUGCCUAAACAACUGUUUAACUGCCAGCUACUCCACCGGCUGAGCAUGCCAGAUAACGACCUAACGGUGUUGCCAGCAGCGAUCGCAAACCUCAUCAACCUCAGGGAGCUUGACGUCAGCAAAAAUAGUAUCCAGGAGUUUCCAGAAAACAUAAAGAAUUGCAAAGUCCUAGCUGUUGUAGAAGCAAGCGUGAAUCCCAUUUCUAAGCUCCCAGAAGGCUUCACCCAGCUCCUGAGUCUGACGCAGCUCUACCUGAACGAUGCCUUCCUCGAGUUCUUACCGGCCAGCUUUGGCAGGUUGACAAAACUACAGAUCUUGGAGCUGAGGGAGAACCAGUUAAAGAUGUUGCCAAAGAGCAUGCAUAAGCUCACACAGCUGGAGAGGCUGGACCUGGGGAGUAAUGAGUUCACUGAAGUGCCUGAGGUGUUGGAGCAGCUGACCGGAAUCAAGGAGCUGUGGAUAGACGGCAACAGACUGACGUUUUUACCUGGGAUGCUGGGGACGCUCAAACAGCUAGUGUACCUGGAUGUUUCUAAGAACAACCUGGAGAUGGUGGAUGAGCAGAUCUGCGGCUGUGAGAAUCUGCAGGACCUCCUGCUGUCCAACAACGGCCUCACACAGCUGCCGGGCUCCAUCGGCUCUCUGAAGAAGCUGACCGCGCUGAAGGUGGAUGAGAACCAGCUGAUGUACUUGCCCGACUCCAUCGGCGGGCUGGCGUCCCUGGAUGAGCUGGACUGCAGCUUCAACGAGAUCGAGGCCUUGCCCUCCACUAUCGGUCAGUGUGUCAGCAUCCGCACGUUUGCUGCAGAUCACAACUUCCUGGCCCAGCUCCCUCCUGAGAUGGGAAACUGGAAGAAUGCAACCGUGCUCUUCCUGCAUUCCAACAAGCUGGAGACUUUGCCCGAGGAGAUGGGCGACAUGCAGAAGCUGAAGGUCAUAAAUCUGAGCAACAACAAGUUAAAGAAUCUCCCGUACAGCUUCACUAAACUGAACCAGAUGACUGCGAUGUGGCUGUCUGAAAAUCAGUCGAAGCCCCUGAUCCCGCUCCAGAAAGAGGAGGAUCCAGAGACGCACAAAACCGUGCUGACUAACUACAUGUUCCCCCAGCAAACCAGGACCGAGGACUACAUCCCCAACUCUGACUCUGAGAGCUUCAACCCGGCUCUGUGGGAGGAGCAGCGCAAACACAGAGCUCAGGUGGCCUUUGAGUGUGACGAGGACAAGGACGAGAGGGAAACACCCCCGAGGGAGGGGAACCUGAAGCGCUAUCCUACACCCUACCCGGACGAGCUGAAGAACAUGGUGAAGACGGCCCAGUCUGUAGCUCACAGGCUGAAGGAGGAUGAGUCCGGCGAUGAGUCGGGGAAAGACGCCAGACCGGUCGAGAGGAACCACAUCGGAGUGCAAGACGUGGGAGUAAAGGUGAUAGAAGCGCCGUGUCCCAACGGCACGGCAUCAGAAAUGGACGCACAACUAUCCACAAACACAAACGUCCCAAAAUCAUCAACACUGGAUUCAAGAGACACAUCGGAGUCUUACAGCUCCCAGCGAGCCCCGCUCAAAUCUUCAGAGGGCUCCAUGAUGAACCAUGAAGACACACUCGAGGAUUCUGAGGAGCUGUCUGAUGAAGAGGAGGAGAUGAAAAUGGGAGAGAUGAGACCCCCUCUCAUUGAGAUCUCCAUCAACCAGCCUAAAAUAGUGACUUUAAGUAAGGACAAAAAAGAUGAUGCAGACUCUCUGCUGGAUGAGACAGUGGCCAACAGCAACCAGAACAACAGCAACUGUUCGUCUCCAUCGCGCAUGUCUGACUCAGUGUCGCUGACCACAGACAGCAGUCAGGACAACUCUCUGUGCACGCCCGAGAGAGAGGCUAAGAUGCCCUUCCUGCCAAAAACACGUCAAGAAGAUGAGAAUAUGAACCAGCCGCCUAAAGACACCACCCCUCUCCUGCACAACGGCAACGGCUCUGAAACGUCCCUUCAGGCCCUUUUAAAAACCCAGCAGACGCCGCCAGAAAAAAUGGGCGACUACGACCUCUCCAUGGAAGCCAGACUGGCCUUCAUCGAGAAGGGAAUCAACAACGGCAUGGGAGAAACCUACAGCAAGUGGGACCAGAUCAACAUGAACGUGUCCAAGCUGCCGACCGACAACAUGGUCCAGCUGGACGCGGCGGACAAAACCAAGAAUGGUGCACUAACGAAAGAGGACUUUGAGAGUAAACGGGGCUUCAGCAAUGAGCAUUUUCUGAAUGGAAACCAGCAGGUGAGCGACUGCAUCAACAGCCAAGGGAUGAGAGUGGAGACGUCUGCCGGGCAUGUGGCCUCGACAGGCAUGACAGCCAGCAGUGACAUGUCUCUGUCUCGCAGCACAGAGGAGCUGUCUCCAGAGAAAAGAUGCUAUCCCCCACAGGUGAUGAAGUCUCACAGUGUUAGCAACAUAGAAUCAGGAGGGUUGAAGAUCUACUCCUUCGACGGGGAGGGUGACUCCUAUGACGCGGCGGGGAGGAUGGCAGGAGUCGGGCCGGGACCGGGAGCGCAGGGCCAAAGCAUCGUCAGGAGCAAGUCAGCGAGUCAGUUACUAAACGACCAGUCUCUGCAAAUCUACCCCGGCUCCUCUGCGUCCUCCUCAGACCUGCUCUCCUCCUCUAAGCCCCCUGCCAGCACCAGCAGAUACCCGGUCUCCUCCAGCAUGGCCAUGGGCAUCCCUCCCCCGCAGUACAACAUCCAGUACACAAGCAGUGCCGCGCCUAAAGACGGCCUCUGGGCUCAGAGGACGGCCAUGCCCCCUGAGCACCAAGGCUACCACCCUCCUCCUCCUGCACCUCACUCUCUAGCCAACACCAACUACUCAAACCGCAAUCAGGCACCCCCAUACCCUCUGCCGCCCCAGCAGAGGGGGCCCCCAAUGGGUCCCAAACCGCCCGGUGACAUGUGGGCUAUGGAGAGGCUUCAUUCCACCGGAGGACAGGUCAGAAGCAGCACGCUGCAGAGGCAAAGCAGCACCGCCUCCACGGCUUCUAUGGGCGACCCGAGGCGCAUGCAGUUGCCCGAAGGGGAAUACAUGACAUACAGGGACAUUCACACCCUCGCCAGGGGGCCGCUGGCGAUGAGCACGGCCAUGCAGAGGCCGCUUUCGGCCCGCACCUACAGCAUCGACGUACCAGGAGCUUCCAGGCCCGUGAGCGCCAGGCCGCAGCCCCACGAGCUUCCGGAGAGGACCAUGUCCGUCAGCGACUUCAACUACCAGCAGGGCAGCCCCAGCAAGAGGCCCAACGCCAGGGUGAAGUCCGAGCACUCGCUGCUGGACGGGCCGGGGGGAGCGGGAGGAGGACGGGUGCCGGCUGACUGGAGAGACCAGGUGAUGCGGCACAUCGAGGCCAAGAAAAUGGAGAAGAACGCGCUGUCUCGCUCCUAUAAUUCCAAUAACUCUCCGCUGAGCUGGUCUCACCACGGCAGCUGUAGGGAAAUGCAUGCCAGCCAAGGCUCUCUCUUGUUUAGUACCAGGGACGGACAGCCCUACGGAGCUCUGGGCUUCUGUGAUGAUGUGUUUGUUCCCCAAGGGCAGCAGAGUUACACCAUGGACCCCCACAGAAAAGUGCCUUUGAUGAAUGGUCAGAUGGGCCCCUCCGCUCGUCCUCAGAUGAGCCAGGCUCCCAUGGCUCGCCACCCUUCCAGAGAGCAGCUCAUUGAUUAUCUGAUGCUCAAAGUUUCCCAUCAGCCCCAGGGGCCCCCUCGCGUCCAGCACGACACAAUGCAGCAAGAGAUCCGUGUGAAAUUGGAGAAGAAUCCCGAGCUGGGUUUCAGUAUAUCAGGAGGAGUGGGAGGCCGGGGAAACCCCUUUCGUCCAGACGACUAUGGUAUUUUUGUGACAAGGGUUCAACCUGAGGGACCUGCAUCAAAGAUUCUUCAACCUGGAGAUAAAAUCAUUCAGGCGAAUGGAUACAGCUUUGUGAAUAUCGACCACGGGAACGCGGUGUCCCUCCUGAAGACGUUUGCGAACACUGUGGAUUUGACUAUCAUGAGAGAAAUGCAAGCGUAGACUUCAAACUGACUUCUGAAGACGAGGGGGCGGGGACAACGAGAAGAGAGAUGAUGUUGACUCUCAUAUUUUUUAUACACAGAGGAGACUGGUCUGUCGAUUACCUGUAAGGACUAUUUAUAGGAGGGAUCUUUAUAGCCUUGAUUGAACGGGGAAAACCACUGAAUGUAGUGGGAUCGAAGCGAGACGGCGACGGCGGCAAAACCUCUGCAAGUACGAGUCCUCAAAAGGCCAUCACUGUGGUAUCUAUAUUUUUAUACAGAAGAAGCUGAAGAUAUGACCUGAAGCAAAUAAUUACUGUGGUCUCUGUACAGAUCAUCUUUUUUUUUUUUUUAAGUCCAAAUCACAUAAGUCCUUUAUCAUGAAUUAGGUUUUUUAUUUCUGCAGAUCCUGAGUUGACCACUAGGGGGCAGGGCUCCCUCUGUUCUGUCAUACAAUUUGCCUUUUUUUUGUUUUUUUUUAUUUAAGAUGUUGAAACCGUUUUCUGGUCUGCUACGCGAUCAUAAUCGGAGGACGAUGUUACGUGAUUUUUCCUGUGGAGACGAAUGUCGACGGAGGAGCGGUUUGUUUGUUUUUCUUUUGGAAGAGAGAUUAUUUUGUUUUCUCUUGUUGCAAAAUCAGAAAGCUGAGAAGAGGAAACCAUCCACACACCACCACCCCCCCUCACUGCUGAUCAUCCCUCCAGAGUGCACGGACACUUCUGUCCUCACAGCAUCCGCCCGGCAUAUCACCUCACCGGACCGCUCGCUGCGCCGCCGUGUGGACGCAGAAGAAGAAAUCCUCUCACCGCCUCUCGGACGUCGGCGAGAAACGCAGUCAGAGCGUGAUCGUCAGAGCGUAGGGGGAAAUCCUUACAGGAAGAGGGGUCGGCUGUUUGCUCAGCCUUACUUGUUGCCAGUCAGAAGAUUCUUUUUUUUUUUUUUUUUUUUUUUUUUUUUUUAAAUCAAAGGUUUGAUAUUUUGGGAAAUGUUCUUCUUCGCUUUAGAGACGAGGAGAUUGGAGCGCUAGCGGCCGGCUAGCUCAAAGCUAACUCAUGCUAAGUCUGUCGAAAAAGUCUGACGAGCUCUUCUUGAACUCCAUUAUUAAAUCUGAUGUCUUGUAUGUUUUUAUAUACACUCACAAACAGACUGGUCGUCAUGACAACAUUUAUCUGUUUUACCUGCGAGGAGAUUUAACUUUCCAGAAGGCCGGAGGGUUACCUAGCAACAAAGCACGAAGAAAUCUGCACAAAACCCUCUGAAGGAAAAGGUCAAACUGUCCGAUUUCCAGCCUUCUGUCACAGCGAUCAGUCGCCUCGGCGUCUCCUCCUCCUCCUCCAUCGGAAAGCGAAGACGAGCAUUUCCCAAAGUGUCACCAGCUAUUCCUUUUUUAGCGCAGGAAGAUAUGAGCGGAUAUUUUAGCAGUGACGCUAGCUAACCAAAGCAAGUUUAGAAACUGGGCGAGAGGGCGGGAGACGACAUGAGAAAGAUACUCGAGCACGAUCAUGAAACAUUCACACGUGUUGGAUUUUGUAAAGGGCUUCAUCGUAAAGGGCGGCCAAUGAGACGCGAGAGAGGGUUUCAACAUCUGUCUGUUUUGAUUUCUCACAUGGGAGGAGACCACCGUUUGCCUUUUUUAAUGUCUUUAAGUUUUAUCGUGUUUUUUGUUUUUUUACUCAUCACUAUCAUCACUUGUUUUUGUUUCUUUGUUUUUUAAAUUCUCUCUCUUUGCUGUACAGAGAGGUGAGUCGGGAGAAGCGAGUUGUUAAAGUGCCAUAAGACCUUGAACUGUUUGAGAAAAACAAAAACAAAGGGGGGGGGGGGAGGAGCGUUCACCCCGGAGCCCAAGCAAUACUCACAUAAUCACCAUCGUCCAGCAGCGUAACGGCUUCAAAGCAAUAUCCACAGCCUCAUCGGAUCACGUUUUUAAAAACGACACACACAAGCUUUUAGUAAUCCCUGGUGAUUUUACAUGAUUUUUAUAAUGUGAAAAGAAUCUUUUUUUGUAAUGAAUUAGCACAGGAGAUAUAUCACUAUAUAUGGUAGUGCUAAAAAGACAAAAAGAUCUCUGCAUUGUGUAAAAAGUGAAUGUCUGUGUGUCACCCCCACCCCACCCCCACCCCGAGGACUUCUUCUCUUUGUUGCUUUGAUUUCUGUAAAUCCAGACCGAUCAUCCGAGCAACAAAAAAAACCCAAAACUUAAACGACAUCUGAGAGCGUUCCUGACUUACAUCGACAAAAUGUGAGAAGACGACAUGUUAGAAGAAGUAGGUAGUUAAACGCACACGUGCAAAAUCAGCAGACUGAGGGAGAAGAUCGGGCCUGCACACUUUGCUCAAAAGCCACAGAAAGUUUUACAACAUUUAGACAAAAUGUCACCGGGAACUUUUCAUCCACUUUGUAAAUAUUUUUUUCAGUGAGGACGUAUUUCCAAAAAAAAAAAAACGGAAAUGAUACAUUUCACACAGUGAUGAAUUCAAAACCUGCACAUUUGUGACCACUAAAUUAUUGGGAUGAUAUGUAAAAGGCUUUUUUUUAUCCUGACUCUGCGUUCCCUAAAUGUCUCCACAGCGGAUUGUACUGUACUGAUCCCUGAUGUCAUACUGAGAGGAGCCAUGUUGGUGCUCAAAAUGAAAUCUUUUAAUGAUAGAAAACAUUGAAAAUGAAGGGCUUUACUUUACAGGUUUCAGGGUCUACAUGACUAUUAGAAACAGAAAGUGAUGUCAUUGCUCAAGAAGACUAUGGCCGGAUGUUUCCGGUUUGUUUAUUGCAUCAACGGGCUCAAACGUUUCUACUCAGUGUUUGACAACAUUAUGAUAAAAUAUUGAUGAAGAGAGAAACUUUAUUUAAAUCAGAAACAGGUUUCAUGUCGCUCUCAUUAAAGGAGCAGUAUGCAACUCUGACACCUAGUGUUUAAAAUGGGUACUGCAGUCCAAAUUCAAAACAUUAUAGGGAACGAUGUAAGGACUAAAAUGUGAAAACAAAAAAAAUAUUCAGUUUUAUUGGAGUUCUUUCGCCCUAAACGUUUAACUUCUUGAGCAAUGCCAAAACUUUCCCAACCUGUUUGUCAUUUUAAACACAGACGUCUUGUAAAAUAGAGCCCCAUGUUCUCAAAUAUUUACAGAAAAGAUGUCCCUUAAAAUUAAAACAAUGUCUGUUUCUUUUUUAAAUCGAGCUGUAGUUUUUAAAAUCAGUAAAAAGCAUUCAGCGUAAAAAAAAAAAAGAUUUCAAAUGUCACACUGAACAUUGGAGUGUUUUUCACACAUGAAUUGUUGCUUGUGUUUUUUUUUGUUUUUUAAUUUUGUCUGUGAUUUCUGUCCGCCUUUCUAAAAAAAGUAGGGUUUAAAUCUUUCUGGGGUCGUGGUCACUUUAUUUAUACUCAUGGGGGGGCGGGCAGAGGGGGGAGGGGUCAGAGGGAGGGGGGACCUGCAGUCUGACAUCGUAGACAAUCUUGGGAGAUAAAAAAACAUUUUUCCACAAUUUCUUCAUUCACGUCGGUCUGCUUCUUGCUGCGCUCCCGUACUGUUCUUAUUUAUUUAGCAUUCUUCUUCUGUGGUUUUUAGACCUUACUAAUCAAAUUGUAAAUACUCUAAAAAAAAAAAAUUAAAAAAAAGAA